GCAUAUCAGUAGCUGUCAGAAAGAAGUGGUCCAUUGGGCGGUUCCUUCUGGAUUCGCAGCCAAGGCUCCGCAUUGCAUCGCUUGCUACUCCAUCGCUCCUCACCACUCCAAUGCUGCCCAGCAACAACCUGGGCCUUCACCUGCAUUCAGCUUAAAACUCUCCCCAUCCCUCCUCUUCUCUUCCUCAAGCCACCGAGCUGCAGGUCAAGGCUUCUUCUCAAUCCAACAUUGUUGCACAUUGUCCAGGGAAGAAGACCUAUCUGCUCCUUGGUGGUUGGAUCCUUUGGCAUUGACCCUCUCCAUCCUCGCCUCAUCCAUCGCCAUUGGCAGCACGAAACCACCUCGCAGUCGCUCUUUAUAACCUGCCGUUGGGGACCAUGUUCGCCUGAGAAGUCUACUCGGCCGCCCUUCAAGCCUUCCGCUCUCACGGACCAGCGAGGGUCACUCGGUUUUCGACUCUUGUACCUAGACUUCUGUCCCUCGACGACUCUGUGGAACAGUCUUUGCUGGGCAGAAUCCGAAUUUGCAUAAAGGCCCGGUCCUGAUUGAGAGGGAAACGUCGGGACUGUUACUUCUAUGUAUGCAUAAGAGAGGGUGUUCAAAUAAAGAGGUUUCGUCGGCACCAUGAUUGAGGCAUCUUCACCGUUGGCGGCCAUGCAGCCUCCAGCAUUCUUGGGCCAUUGUGGCUUCAGACACGACGGUCCUUCUACAUAUGCCUCGUUUGCGACUGCCAAACCCUUUGGCAACAACAGCUUCAACUUCAAGGACCUAUCAAUGAAGAGGUCCCCUAGCGAUUAUUUCAGCCUGAAGCCUGUUCGAGGGUCUUCGCCCACUGCCAGCCUUGCUGCCGAUCUUUCACAAAACUUCCACAUUGAUCAGAGGUAUGCCCACAUAUGGCACCAAAUGCAUGUCAACGAAGGGCUAACUAGAGUCUAGUCCUCAAUUGCCGACACCUCGGAGAGCCUUGUUCCCUAAUAGCAUCUUUGCAUCGCAGGAUGGCCACCUGAACCUCACCACACCUCCUAUACCUACAUCCUCACCUGGAGCUCAAGAUGCUAUGGACCUGGACCUCUCUCCUCUACCACACAAAGCACCCUUUGGUUCGGUAGAAAUACAACUACAGUCACCGACCCCAGAACCUACACCUGCGGAGUCUCCUAUGUCGGCGAUGGCCUCGCCCACUGUCAUAAAUACUCGAUCAGAAACUCUCAGUGUGCCUCAGGAGCGGCGAAAGCCAGGUCCGCUACGGCCGUCUUUGUGCAGAGCUAAAGGCUACAGCACUGGUACUCUUCCGCAGCGACCUGCACCGGAGAGUCAAGGGCCUCCAUUCCAGUUUCUCGACUACAUGAGUAACAAGCCAGCAACCUCCUCAUCCUUGUCCCUCUCAGAGAUCUUCGCCGAUUCUCCUGUCCAAGAGAAGCAAGUCUCUCGUUUGCCUCCUGCCCCUUUCGCGGCUGCACGAUCUCGCAACAGCUUGUGUGCUGGAAAUUCCCGUAAUGGAUCCCCUAUCGGCGGACACGUGCGGAAAGGAUCAAACCCGUUAGUGAGACCUCGCAAGCAAUUCCGUCGGUCCUUGAGUAUGUUUGAGCAUCCGGAAGAGGUUAUGAACCGUGAGAAAGAACGGAUGAGCCCACCUCCACCCUUGCUACCCUCCAUCAUGGACAACGAAGCACCUCACGUGCCUCAACUCCCUCACUUCGUCCCUGACGGCGAAGCUGGCGCCCUCCCACGCAUCACAAAGGAGACCAUGGUUGAGGUGCUAGAUGGCAGGUACAAUCACUCAUAUGAGAAGCUUGUGGUCAUCGAUUGCAGAUUCGAGUACGAAUACAAUGGCGGCCAUAUCGACGGCGCUGUAAAUUUCAACGACAAAGAACAACUAUCUUCACAACUCUUCACCGUCGAGCCAACCUCGAAAGCCUUAUUAAUAUUCCACUGCGAAUAUUCUGCUCACCGUGCACCUCUUAUGGCCAAGUUUAUCCGCAACAGGGAUCGUACAGUCAAUGCGGAUCGAUAUCCUGCUCUGACUUAUCCUGAGGUCUACAUUCUAGACGGUGGCUAUAGCACUUUCUUCAAGGACUAUAGAGCUCGAUGUUUCCCACAAAACUAUGUCGAGAUGGAUGCCAAAGAGCACGUUCUUGAUUGCGAGCGUGGUCUCGGCAAGGUGAAACAACGUUCCAAACUUGUUCGAGCUCAGACUUUUGCCUUUGGCCAACAUUCUCCCUCGAUUGAUUCAAGUCCCACUGCCAUGGGUCGGAGCCGGCUUGACAGUGACAUGGACUUGGAUAUGGGCCUUGAAUUCACCCCUGUCGCCGGAUCACGAAUCAAUCUAGGUGCUCUCCGUGGCAUGAACCAACGAAUGGCUUCUUAUUAGCGAACCUUUCUUCUUCAAACAUCGAAUGCGUAUUAGCCUGGCGUUGGGAGCGAAACUCACAUUGUACUUUUUCGGGCAUCAAAGGACAUUGAUGCUUCUCCUAAUGGACAGGUCGAGCUUCUUGGACUCUUUGAGUUAUAUCCCAAGCAUUUUUCCUUUUUUUGCACCAUCUUGCCAACCAGCAUUGGCAUGACUUUGGUGCUGGCCUCUUACGACGCCUUCAGCAUUGGGCCUUGGGCACGCUGAGCGUGUUUGGUCGUACUACGACUGAGACCGGGAAUCACGGUCAGACACAUAACCUCUUUUUACCGAAAUCUUCUUCAGCACCUUCGCAGGACAUGCAAGGAAGUCAACUGAACAAAACCCACACAUUACAGAAAUUCACGAUUGUUGAUCUCUCCCUUCAGCAAGCUUUCACUGCCAAUAAAUCGACUUUCAAUCAGCCUCAACAUUUAUUUGGUGCUCUUCUUCUCUGGCCGGGCUCUGGACUCCAUGGUACUAUACUUUAGCUUGGGCAAAAGUUUUGUGGAUCGAUGGAAUGCUACAAAAGUCAGGAAUGGAUGAUAACCCAAGUCUUGUCCCUGAUUGGAACUCGGGGAGGCUUCCCUGGUGUUUAUUAGCAUCGUUUACUGCCAGCGUUCAGCAAGCGAGCUCUUGUUUGGCUCGGUCUCGAUCGAAAGCAUUAUUCGAAGUAGCGGAUGGUAGAUUACCAGCAUUGGCAUGAGCGAGCAUUGGAGUAGAUACCUUCAGUUUAGGGACUGUACAUGGCGUACCGUUUGGGGUUCGCAAGGAAUUGCAGCAUCGAAUUGAAUCAAUUGUGCAAAUCAACUGACAUUCUCCUCGA